GACACCUUCGUUGGCCCCAAAACAACAGUAAACAGCACUUAAAAGUCAGCAGCGACGUCGACAGAGGCGAAACAAAUAUGAGAGACUUAACUCAAAGGUCCAAGUCAAUACGCGGCGCGCGGUCACCAAAUAUGCGGGGUCUCCACUGGAAGACAGGCACCGCCCCUUUAUAUUGAAAAUCGCUGGAAAUCGGCUGGCGAUAGAGCCGCCAGAGCCAAAAAGCAACAAGAACUUCCAGGCAUGCGCAGGCAGUGGCCAUUAUCUUAUCGCCCCAGCGUCGCCAUUAAAAUGGGGCUGGGGUGGCCAUACGCUUCUAUUCCUAGAGUUCGAUGUCAUUCCAGCGCCGGCGCACUAGAAAACCUGACUGGGAGAUGGGGUCACUCCGUACCCGAGUCACCCGUUGUCCGUGAGUUUGCUGUAUCUGCAUAGGGUUUUCUCACUGUCUGUGUAGUUUCGGAACCCCUAUAUCUAUAGUGGGUACUGGCCCCCCAUUCCGUGCCCGUGCCCACCCGUCCCGAAAACCUCUUAAAUGCGUUGCGUCUGCAAAAACGAUUUUGUUUUCGCAUUUAUUUAUGAGCCGCUUAGAGCGCGCCAAAUACUUUGCCAAACACUUUGAACCCCAACGCCAUGCUCGAGAACCCCAAAGCCCGCCCUCUCCCAACGGAUGACCUCCGCCCACCCACAGAAAUGGACACAGGCAGGGAAGGUCGUUUAUGGGUUUGGAGGCGCAAGGAACGUGAACAGCUGGAGUGCGUGGGUCGCUUGAAAAGUAAGCAAGAUCCUGGGAACUCUACAUAAAAUUCCAGUUACGGAACACCCACUUACAAGUACACAUUCUGGCUCUGGUUCAUCUUGCGCUAUAAAGUGGUUUCCAAAUUCUAUUAUAUUUUAUAUACUUAUAUAUUAACUCUUUCAUAUUUCCAUUGUCAGAUGGAACUGCAUAAAACUGAAACUGGCCAUUUUUAUACUAGAAAUUCGUAUUCGCAUAAUGAACAUCCAAUAUUUUCGUAGUUCACGAUAUUGGGUUUUCAUUUCAAAUGCGGAACAGCACGAAAACCCGGUAUACCCUUGAACCCAACUGGUACCGGGUGUAAAAAUAUAAAAAAUAUAGGGUAUGAGCAUAAAAUGCAACGUGACCCUGAAAGUGAUCGUGAAUGGAAAUGGCUGAUGAAACCGAUGCACUCAACGAAGACCGAUCGCGUCCAAUCCAAUGCGAUCCCAAUCUAUGGCAUCCCAGGCGGUGCCUCACUUCCGCGGUUACCAAAUCGACUUUGACUUUCAAAUUUUCCAACGCUAUUGUCGCGGCCGUCUAAUGGAGCCGUUAAUGGUUAGACACAUGAAGUAUUUUGCCAAAUGGGCUCGACUGGGGACAGUUAAUUGCUGAUGAUGCGAUGAUAUGGAACCGGAUUGGCGGUGGGUAGAGGGACAACGGGGAUUUAGUAAGCACUGCUGGUGUUUGGAUAACACAUUUUAAUAGACAGUUAACAGGCAGUUUGUUCAAAUUUUCUUCACCGACAUUUUUCACUUUUGUGUGGCGAUCUUGUUUUUCGGAUUGUGUCUUUUGGUAGUUACAUAAACAUAAAUCUCGGCAAUGGGCCAGGCCAGUCAGAAAGACCAAAAACUUGCUGCCACUGCACAUUUUCACACAUAGCCGGAUUUUUUGUUGUUUUUGCUUCCCCCCGAACUUUUUAUUGAACGGGCCCGAGAUUCGGAGCUCAUUGAGACUUGGUUAAAGCGCAGCCAGCUCAUUUGUAGAUUCGAAUGUCAGCGGCGCACAAGUGCGGAACCAACCGAGCGGCCAAGCACCCAAAUUCCCCCUAAAGUAAAUCGCGCCAUUGUUUGGAUUAACCAGGAUCAUGGACUUCGAUGAGUUCCGCGAAUUUGGCCAUGCCUCCAUCGAGUUUCUCAUCAACUAUCUGAGCGGCAUACGUGAGAGGGAUGUCCUGCCCAGCACGGCUCCCUAUGCGGUGAUCAAUCAGCUGCCCAAGGAGAUCCCCGAGCAGCCCGAUCAUUGGCGGGAGGUCCUCAGGGACCUGGAGAACAUCAUCCUGCCUGGCCUGACCCACUGGCAGUCGCCCUACUUCAAUGCCUUCUAUCCAUCGUCCUCGUCGGCGGGCUCCAUCAUCGGUGAACUGCUGAUCGCGGGCAUCGGAGUCCUUGGAUUCAGCUGGAUCUGCAGUCCCGCCUGCACAGAACUGGAAGUGGUGGUCAUGGACUGGCUGGCCAAGUUCCUAAAGCUGCCCGCGCACUUCCAGCACGCCAGCGAGGGACCAGGAGGAGGAGUGAUCCAGGGAUCGGCCAGCGAGGCCGUUCUGGUGGCUGUCCUGGCUGCCAGGGAACAGGCGGUGGCCAGCUACAGGGAAUCGCAUCCGGAGCUGAGCGAAAGCGAGGUGCGUGGACGCUUGGUAGCCUACUCCUCGGAUCAGAGCAACAGCUGCAUCGAGAAGGCUGGAGUCCUGGCCGCCAUGCCUAUUCGACUGCUGCCGGCUGGAGAGGAUUUCGUACUUAGAGGCGAUACAUUGAGGAAGGCGAUAGGGGAGGACGUGGCGGCGGGCAGAAUUCCGGUGAUCUGCGUCGCCACACUGGGCACCACGGGCACUUGUGCCUAUGACGACAUUGAGUCCCUGUCCGCCGUCUGCGAGGAGUUCAAGGUGUGGCUUCAUGUUGAUGCCGCCUAUGCCGGAGGAGCCUUUGCUCUGGACGAGUGUGCGGAUCUUCGAAAGGGAUUGGAUCGCGUGGACUCGCUCAACUUCAACCUGCACAAGUUCAUGCUGGUCAACUUCGAUUGCUCGGCCAUGUGGCUAAGGGAUGCCAACAAGGUGGUCGAUAGCUUCAAUGUAGAUCGCAUCUAUCUCAAGCACAAGCACGAGGGUCAGUCGCAAAUUCCUGACUUCCGCCACUGGCAAAUCCCACUGGGUCGUCGCUUCCGAGCUUUGAAAGUCUGGAUUACAUUCCGGACUCUGGGAGCCGAGGGAUUGAGGAACCAUGUGCGGAAGCACAUCGAGUUGGCCAAACAGUUUGAGCAGCUUGUGCUGAAGGAUUCCCGAUUUGAGCUGGUGGCUCCUCGCGCACUUGGACUGGUUUGCUUCCGGCCCAAAGGUGACAAUGAGAUUACCACCCAGUUGCUGCAGCGACUCAUGGAUCGAAAGAAGAUCUACAUGGUUAAGGCCGAGCACGCGGGUCGUCAGUUUCUGCGAUUUGUCGUAUGCGGAAUGGACACCAAAGCCUCCGAUAUUGAUUUCGCCUGGAAGGAGAUCGAGUCACAACUGACGGACCUGCUUUCAGAACAAUCCUUGGUGGCCCGCAAAUCGGGAAACGUGGGCGAUCUUGCGCAACACUUCCAGAUCCACCUGAGCACCGAAAAUGCAACGCACGAGAAAUCUCAGUGAGAAAAACGGUUCAACUAUUUAAGUUUAGGGACAACCUAGUUAGUUUGCGAUGUAGUUUGUAGCUUCCCACAUGUUUAUGAAUAAAGUGAAUUUAAAUGUA